GUGUCAGCACCCAAGCUGAAAGUGUUUGGGGAGAUCAGGCGUUGCUGUCUGGGCGCUCCUCUCUCUCGGUGGUCAUCAUGUCUUUGACCUCGGCCUACCAGCAUAAAUUAGCAGAGAAGCUCACUAUCCUGAAUGAUCGGGGUCAAGGGGUUCUCAUCCGUAUGUAUAACAUCAAGAAGACUUGUUCAGACCCCAAAUCCAAGCCACCUUUCUUACUGGAAAAGUCCAUGGAAUCAUCUCUCAAGUAUAUCAACAAGAAAUUUCCCACCAUAGACGUCCGAAACAGCACGCAACAUUUAGGACCAGUACAUCGGGAAAAAUCUGAGAUAGUUAGAUUUCUCACCAACUACUACCAGUCAUUUGUGGAUGUCAUGGAAUUUCGGGAUCAUGUAUAUGAACUUCUCAACACCAUUGAUGCCUGCCAGUGUCAUUUUGAUAUCAGUCUCAACUUUGACUUCACUCGGAGUUACCUGGACUUGAUCGUGACUUACACCUCAGUUAUUUUACUUCUGUCACGGAUUGAGGAUCGACGGAUACUCAUUGGCAUGUACAACUGUGCGCAUGAGAUGCUGCACGGGCAUGGUGAUCCCAGUUACGCCCGUCUGGGUCAGAUGGUCUUGGAGUAUGACCACCCUCUGAAGAAGCUAACAGAGGAGUUUGGGCCUCACACAAAGGCUGUGAGUGGAGCCCUCCUCUCUUUGCACUUCCUCUUUGCCCGAAGGAACCAGGGAGCUGAGCAGUGGCGCAGUGCCCAGCUUCUAAGUAUCAUCAGCACUCCCCCAGCCAUGAUUAACCCUGCUAAUUCAGACACAAUGGCCUGUGAGUACCUGUCUGUGGAAGUGAUGGAGCGCUGGAUUAUCAUUGGGUUUCUUCUUUGCCAUGGGUGCCUCAACUCCAACAACCAGUGCCAGAAGCUGUGGAAGCUGUGUCUGCAGGGCUCCCUGUACAUCACCCUCAUCCGGGAGGACGUGCUGCAGGUGCACAAGGUCACCGAGGACCUGUUUAGCAGUUUGAAAGGGUAUGGCAAGCGAGUGGCAGACAUAAAGGAAAGCAAGGAACAUGUAAUUGCCAACAGUGGCCAGUUUCACUGUCAACGGCGCCAAUUUCUGCGGCUGGCAGUGAAGGAGCUGGAGACUGUGCUAACUGAUGAACCAGGACUCCUGGGUCCCAAGGCCCUUUUUGCUUUCAUGGCCCUGUCCUUCAUUCGUGAUGAGGUCACCUGGCUGGUUCGCCACGCAGAGAACGUCACCAAGACAAAGACACCUGAGGACUAUGCUGACUCGAGCAUUGCAGAACUGCUUUUCUUGUUGGAGGAGAUUAGGGCUCUGGUCCGAAGACACAUCAAAGUGAUACAGCAGUACCACCUUCAGUACCUGGCCAGAUUUGAUGCUGUUGUGCUCAGUGACAUCAUUCAAAACCUGUCUGUGUGUCCUGAGGAGGAGUCCAUCAUAAUGUCCUCAUUCGUCAGUACUCUCUCUUCUCUGAAUCUCAAACAAGUUGAUAAUGCAGAGAAAUUUGAAUUCUCUGGAUUGAGGCUGGACUGGUUCCGUCUACAGGCAUAUACCAGUGUGGCUAAGGCUCCCCUGCACCUGCACGAGAACCCUGACUUAGCCAAGGUGAUGAACCUCAUUGUCUUUCACUCCCGAAUGCUGGACUCAGUAGAGGCUAUGCUGGUGGAAACUUCUGACUUGUCUACUUUCUGCUUUCAUCUCCGAACCUUCGAGAAGAUGUUUGCUACAACCCUGGAGGAACCUACCAUGUUGCGUUAUGCCAUUGCUUUCCCUCUGAUUUGUGCUCAUUUUGUCCACUGCACUCAUGAGAUGUGCCCAGAGGAGUACCCCCACCUGAAGAACCAUGGCCUUCAUCACUGCAACUCCUUCCUGGAAGAGCUGGCCAAGCAAGCCAGUAACUGUGUCCUGGAGAUCUGUGCCGAACAGCGAAAGCUGAGCGAGCAGCUUCUACCUAAGCACUGUGCCACUACCAUCAGCAAGGCCAAGAACAAGAAAACCAUGAAGCAGAGGCAGACUCCCAGAAAAGGGGAGCCCGAGAGGGACAAGCCGGGUGCUGAAAGUCACCGGAAGAACCGCAGCGUUGUCACCACCAUGGACAAGCUACACCUAAACUUGACAGAAUUGGCACUGACCAUGAAUCAUGUAUACAGCUUCUCUGUAUUUGAACACACCAUCUUCCCUUCUGAAUAUCUCAGCAGCCACCUGGAGGCCAGACUCAACAGAGCUAUUGUGUGGCUGGCUGGCUACAACGCCACGACCCAGGAGAUCGCAAGGCCUUCUGAGCUGCUGGCAGGAAUCAAGGCAUAUAUCAGUUUCAUACAGUCACUGGCCCAGUUUUUGGGUGCAGAUGUUUCCAGAGUCAUCCGCAAUGCCCUCCUGCAGCAGACACAGCCACUGGACUCGUGUGGGGAACAGACCAUCACCACUCUCUACACCAACUGGUACCUAGAAAGUCUGCUUAGACAGGCGAGCAGUGGGACCAUCAUCCUCUCCCCAGCCAUGCAGGCCUUCAUCAGCCUCCCCAGAGAGGGGGAGCAGAACUUCAGCGCAGAGGAGUUCUCUGACAUCUCUGAGAUGCGGGCCUUGGGUGAACUCUUGGGCCCCUAUGGCAUGAAGUUCCUGAGUGAAAACCUGAUGUGGCACGUGACCUCUCAGAUUGUGGAGCUGAAGAAGCUGGUGGUAGAAAACAUGGAUGUGCUUGUUCAGAUCAGAUCCAACUUUAGCAAGGCGGACUUGAUGGCUUCUCUGCUGCCCCAGCUGACGGGGUCUGAUAACGUGCUGAAACGCAUGACCAUCAUUGGCGUUAUCCUCAGUUUUAGGGCCAUGGCCCAAGAGGGACUUCGGGAGGUUUUCUCUUCCCACUGUCCAUUUCUUAUGGGUCCCAUUGAGUGCCUGAAGGAGUUUGUCACUCCAGACACAGACAUCAAGGUGACCCUGAGUGUCUUUGAGCUGGCCUCUGCUGCAGGAGUGGGCUGUGACAUUGACCCAGCCCUGGUGGCUGCCAUUGCCAAUCUGAAAGCUGAUACUUCAUCUCCUGAGGAAGAAUACAAGGUGGCCUGCCUGCUCUUGAUCUUUCUGGCCGUUUCCCUCCCACUCCUUGCCACUGACCCUUCUUCCUUCUAUAGCAUUGAGAAGGAUGGUUACAACAACAAUAUUCACUGCUUGACCAAAGCCAUCAUCCAGGUGUCUGCUGCCCUCUUCACAGUCUACAACAAGAACAUUGAAACUCACCUCAAGGAAUUUCUGGUGGUGGUGGAGGAGUCCUCCUUCCUGACGCUGGACAUGCUGGAGUCCUGUUUUCCUUAUGUCCUGCUUCGAAAUGCCUAUCGGGAGGUGUCCCGGGCCUUCCACCUCACCCGAGUGCCGGCCAGUACCCACUGAAGGGCCCUUUGGACCUACCUAAACCCAGCCAUGCCGGAAGCUGUGGCCAUUUUCUCAAGGGGUGGGAAGGGGAUGGGGUCAGGAGCCAGAGCUGAUGAACAGGCAUGCCGAGGAACAGCCCAGGGCUGAGAAAUCAUAGAGAAGUGGGGCAGGCUGGGGGCAUGGAGGACAGUUUACGGAAAACGUUAGGGGAUUGGGGCCAUGUGUGUGAAUUUUUACAAUGAAAAGAAUGAGUGACCUGCAAGUAUGUUUUCUAUCUUCUGGUGACUGGAGCGUGAGCUCUGACUGGCAUGGGUCUCUCAGACCUUCAUCACUAUUCUGGGAUGAUGCUGGCGGGCAGAGAUGAUCAAUCAUCAUAUUAAACCAUAAUGAGCUUAUAAUCCUCCCACUGGAGCUGCUAUUGUCUCCUGCACAUUCAUUAGGACGAUUAUCUCCUCUCUUCCUUUUCCAAAUGUGUUCAGCAAACAUUCAGCCUGCUCCUGCUGCAAAGCAGUGGCAAAAGAGCCCCUUUUUUCCUUUGUGGGGGCUCUUUCAGGAGUCGUAGGUCUCUUCCUCUGCUUCCAGCUCCACUGCCUGCAGGGGCAAUGAGGACGCGCUCUUGAGAGAUUUUCACUGGCCCAACCCCCUCCAUCUGCUCUACCACACCUGGUGGGUAAUGAGUAAGUUCUCCCACCUGUUUAACUUGACACCGCCCCCCCGCUAUUUCCUUGACAGAGCCACAACCCAGAGCAGAGGGUCAGUCUAGGUAAUUCUAGGUCACAUGACAACUAAUUGGACCAGAAUCAUGUGGGUUUCCCUCCCAGACCAUUUAGGGGUACUCUCCCUCCUAUCUGGAGGGACUAAUUGAACCCAAAUCCCCUUGUCAUCCUAGGUACGGCUGUUGCUCCAGGCAGGGAUUUCUCUUCUAGAUCUUAAAUUUCAUAGACCUCAUUAGGUUAUAGGGCUCUGAGAGCGGGUAUACUUGAGGGAGUAGAAGCUGUUUCAACUUAGCCCUUUUCUGCACUAAUUAGAAUUUCAAGUGUCACAAAGCCUGGGGCGUUCAAGAUAGCACUCAACUGGGUUUAGUUAACUCCAUGGCAGGAAACAGUGGCCCCAUCCAUCACUUCUGUGCACCCACUGCCAGGGAGGACUGGAGCUAUAGAUCAUA